UUGGUUUAGCCGCUUCUGACAUGUGCUGAAAUGGGCUUUUCAGGUUUACUACUUUGUUUAUUUUCUGUUUAAUCUGCUGAACUGGUCUAACUUAAUAUUAGAAUACAUUGAGUAAAUAUGCGAUUUCUUUUCAUUCAAAUCUUGUAGAAAAUACGACACAUUUAGGCUUUUCUUUCAUGGUUAACUUCCCUUUAACUCGCACCUGAUGUAACAUAAUGCCCACAUUAUUUGACAUAUCAUUUCCAGCGGAUUGUAAGACUCUGCCUGAAGGAUUUUGGUCCGCUGUCGAUGUGUGGAUAAGAAAACCUCACGUUGUCAAUAAGCGCUUAUGUGGAGUCAAGGAGACAGAAAGCCAAAAUGUUGACAGAAAAUCUUUGGGGACACUUGUCUCUGGCCUUUCAGAUGAAGCACUAAACUUUUUGCACAGUGAAAGCUGUCACACAGAGACACACGAGAAUGGGGAAGAAUGGAGCUACCAUGUCAGGACUUUUAUUCCUAAAGUGAAUUGCUAUGGGGCAAAACAGCACAAAGAAGCUAUCGUCAAAAGUAAAGAUUUUGGCUUUCCACAAGUGACCUUUCUUCCAUUUGAGGAGGAGACGGAUGGGCAGGUGUCUUACAAACAGAGCAACAUCUAUCAGUUCAAACUCACUGGUCAGGACAAUGAGAAGUGGUCUUUGGAGCUCCAUGUUUUGUCCCCAGAUGAAUGGUUUUGUGAUGGUGUGGCCUACCCAAAACUGCCCUGGCUAAACUCAGAGCUGCUGCCUAAACUUGUGCGAUGGGCAACUAAAUCCAAAACCAGUGAAUUCAAAAGCACCUUGUCUCUGCUUCCUGUGGAGAAGUAUAGUGUUAUGUACCAGCAGCUGAAAGACAAGUAUAAAGCAAUGGUUAAGGUUUGGCCAGAAGUGACUGAUCCAGAGAAGUUUGUAUAUGAAGAUGUUGCUAUUGCAACAUAUCUAUUGGUGCUGUGGUCCGAGGAGAGGACAGAGAAAGACCUCACUGACCCCCAGUCCUUUGUGGACCUGGGCUGCGGAAAUGGCCUUCUGGUGCACAUACUGGCCAAUGAAGGGCAUCCUGGAAAAGGCAUCGACGUUCGGAGGAGAAAGAUCUGGGACAUGUACGGCCCCCAGACUGUGCUAGAGGAAAAGGCAAUUACUCCCAGCGAAUCCUUCUUAUUCCCCUGUACGGACUGGCUGAUUGGGAACCACUCGGAUGAGCUCACACCAUGGAUACCAGUCAUCGCUGCCAGGUCAUCUUACUCCUGCCGCUAUUUCGUCCUGCCUUGUUGUUUCUUCGACUUUUAUGGAAAAUACCAGCGGCGCCAGUGCAAGAAGUCUCAGUACAAGGAAUAUAUCGACUUUAUCUCUGAGGUCAGCCAAGUGAGCGGGUUCAGCACAGAGGAGGACUGCCUGAGAAUUCCAUCCACCAAAAGGGUGUGCCUCGUGGGAAAGUCGAGGAACUACAGCCAAUCAGACGAGAGCGAAGCUGAACGGCAAAGAGCGCUCUACAUCCAGAGUCGCCAGAACGCCCCUGGGGUCACAGUUCAUGGGUCGAACAUCGGGAGUGACAAGCACUGUUGCCAUGACAACACUUCCUGCGGGACCCCGGGGAGCCAAUGGGGAGCCGGGUUUCAGCCGCGAGAUAAGGUUGAGAGUGUGAGGAACUGCGCCUCUCUCCCUCGGGACCUGGUUGAUGGCGUGGUUCUGCAGGUCGCUCGUGUGCUUCUGGAGAUGGAGAAGGGCAGCGGCGAGGGCACAGACGGCGACUGGAACAGAGGAGGCAGCCUCUCUGUGGGCGAAGUGGCCUCUCUCCUGGAACAAGAAACUCUGCAAAGACUCAAGAAAGAGUGUGGAGGUCUACAGACCCUGCUCAAAAACAACCACCAAGUCUUCAGAGUGGAAGGUGGGUGGGUGCACAUACGAGACUGGCGCGACAUGAAGCCUGCCACGAACGUUAAGAGGAAGCCCGUUGCCCCCGGCGCCCUGAAAACUCGCCUGUGCUGGUUCCACACACACCACCCUCAAGGCUGCCCCCUACAGCUCGAACAGUGCGCCUUUGCCCAUGGACCUAGUGACCUCCGGCCUUCCUCAGGACUCCCGAAGAAACGAAAGGGCGAAAAUUGUUGACUACACUUUCCAACAUUUAAUUGCUAAUAUUUUUUACAAUCUUUAAAGGUCUUCCACCUGCUUGUCUCCAUGGAAAUGUUAUUGCUUUGUCUAGAAUGUUCCAUAGUAUAGAUUAAACCUAUUUGUCACAAGAACGACAAGCAGGUUACAGCACUACACUGCAUUACAGUUCAGAUCUGUGGAGAGUCACCCAUAUUUACAGAAGGAAUUAAUGUAUUUUUGGGUAAUAGAAAUACCCGUAAUGAAUAAAUGCUGAAUGGAUAUGUUUAAUGUCAUACCACGGAAUAUUCCAGGUAAAGCAAUAACAUAUCCAUGGAAACAAGUAGGUAGCGAACCCUCCAUCAGAGAAGUUGCUGAGGUGUCUUCACUUGAAAAAUAAGCUCCUAAUUUUAAUUUUUUUUAGUUUACUGCUGUAUUGCUACUCUCAAACAUCAAAAGAACAAACACUGAUCUAAAUUUAAAUAAAAAAAUAUACAAAAUAAUGCCCCUCCCACCAGAAAAGUUACACAGUGCACCUUUAAAGAGCUCAUAUUACACUAUUUUUUGAUCUGUUACAAUGGUAUUUCCAAAUCAAACACAUACCUGGAGUUUUGUUUUAUUGCAAUCCUUCAUUUUGUAACACACAUAUUCUUCAUAUUUAGGCUGAGUCCUUCUCACAAACAGUAAACACUCUGUUCCUCCUUGUGAUGUCAUGUGGUAAUACAGGAAGUGCUCCAUUGUGUUUUUAAACUCCAUACACCUUCACUAGAAUCAUUUGGAUAAUUUCAGCCCUGAAAUUGCCAGUCUCUACUGAAAAAAACCUGUUAACUUGAAAACUACUGCUUCAUGACAUCACAAGGUGGAACAGAGCAUUUUGAGCUUUGGAAAUGUCAACAGAGUAAUAAUACAGGAUUACUCAAAUGAGACUGAAACAAAACACAAUUCCAGAUAUGUUUUUGAGGAGGCAACAACAUUACAACAUGACUAAAAACUCACUCGAGUCAAUUUAGCAAAAUAUAGGACCUUUAAAGAAGAUAGCUCUUUUUAUCAUUUUGAAUCCCUGAAAGCCAAAUUGUGAGCACAAACGUUCCGUAGGCGGUGGGUGACCUCUGAGUGGCUUUGAGGUUCACAGAGGAGACAGUGGGUGAAAACGUUUGAACAAAAUAAAUGUUAAGGCCAUGAAUUAUUUGUUGGAGGAGAGGAGGCUAGCGCUGUGUUCUGUGGCCUCUGGACUGAUGCAUGCCACCGCUGGGCUUCUCUGAAAUAGACUGUUGUCACCCUGUGUCUCAAAUGUCAGGUGCUUCGGGCCAGCAGAGGAGCAUCAUGGGAGAUUUGUUUGUUUAUCAAGAGGAAAAUAUUCACACUGUUGAUGCAAUAAAGGAGACGUCUUUCAGCUUUGAAUCACAAAAGACUCUCAUGAAUACAGGGAGGACCGCUCUGUGUCUGUUCUAAAUAUCACAGGGCUUCUGAGGAAAUCAUUGAUGCAAUGGACUCGAAUUAAAACAAAUCUUCAUAUUCUAAAA